AUGUGGGGUCAUAAAUCCAAAGACUGUUCUGCCAAUGCUGAUCUUACUAAUAAACUGAAGGACACUGGUUUGGACCCCGAAUACUGGCUUCCCAUCAUAGAAGAAUGUUUGGGCAUACAAAAUAUUCAAUCAUUAAAAUAUAUUCAGCCCGAAGAAUGCUUGGUGAUAGAGGAAAAGCUUCGCUAUCCCUGGGAAAAGAGGGCAUUACAUAAAUUGUUUAAUAUACCUGACAACAGUGUGAAUAUUGCUGAAGUACAAGAAAAGAGAAACCAAUUGAUAAAGGAGAAAAAUGAACAAGCACAUAAUCUAACAGCCGAGUUUAAAAAAAUGGAAUCUAAAGGGAAAAGUCGACUCGACGACAUUGUUAAAGAGCAUGAAAAAGGAAUGUGGAAGAAUCUGGAAAUUCCCACUAAAAACUCAGCACUGCCUAAGAAAUCUUUGUUGGAUCUGAUAAAACACUUUGAAAAGCAGACUAACCUCAGAGAGGAGUCGUUUUCAAAAAAAGAAAACUUAACCGAUGAGGAGGUCAUUCAACAUUCAUCUGGGGGCCUAGCACUGGAGGGAAUUUCCCAAACCAAAAAUACAAAUGAUAUGUUUAAGAAACCUGAACCCCUUCGGUGUAUCCCAGAGGGCUUCAAACGUGUUGGACCAGAACAAAGUCCGGUUUUUGAGGAAAAAGAAUUUACUUCUCAGGAAGAGCAAUCCAGUUUCCUUACAAAAGUUGAAAAAAUUGUGUUAAAUUGGGAACUUGAUACAAUUACUGUGUCUGAUUUUGCACAGCUUCUUGGCAUUUUAGAAAGUUCUGUGGAGGAAGUUCUGCAAAAUACUGUCAACAUACACUCAUCCAGUGAUGAUCAAUGUCAAGCAAAGACUACAGCUAUAAAGAACAUUAGUCUUUCACUGUAUUCCUUUCUAAGCUUCCUAAGGAAAACCAAUCAAACAGACACAGAACUACUGAUGCUUUGCAUUGCCAACAACUCUGGGUACUGUUUUCAAAGCUACAACUUUCAAAAUCUUUUGGGAUUAAAAGAAAUAGAGUUUCUAAGAAAUCAGAUGCAGGUAAAGUAUAAGGAGUACACAAGCAUCAGAAGUCAAUGCCCUGAUCGGGCUCAAGCUUUUGUCCUGUACACAGGCCUGACAUCUGUAGGUGAGUACCAAAACAUGUCUUUGGAAAAGAAAAAAGAACGUCUGCAUUUUAUGAAGAAACACAUGACCGGACGUCUUUCUCCUGAAGUUCAUAAAAUAAUAAAACAAUAUUCAGAACAUUGUGAAUGGUACAAAUUAGAAGAAUAUCUCAGAGCAUUUAGCUAUGGUGAACCAACAAACAUAGAAUUAAGAAAAACUGUGGUUGCCACUGAACAGAAUAUGUACAAGGAAGAAAAAACCUCUACUAAAAAUAAUGCAGCAAAGAAUUACAGCAGCAUGGAGAAGGACUUUUUACUACUGCUGGAUAGACUGGACCUUAAGAAGUAUUACCCACAAAAAAUGAAGAAUGCUGAUUUUCAUAAGAUUUGUCAACCUUCUUUGGUUGAAGAACAGAUUUCUGAUGAAAAACAACUUCCUCUCCAUUUCCUGCAGAAAUUACUUAUGUUAGACUUUCAUGCAAGAUAUGUACAGUGUGCAUGCGAUAGUGAACCUGUCCAUGCAAAGGUGGGGAUCAUUCAAGAAGAAGAAAACAUGGAUGGCACUGAUCUUGUAGAACAAUUUCUGGAAGUUGCUGAAAAAGAAGAUUUUGAGCAGCAAAAGUCAAACAGUGAACAACCUUUUAACCCAAUGAAUGUCCAAAUGUCAAUUUUCCAUUGUGCUAAUGAUUUCAUGCGACAGUAUCUUUACACUAAACUCUCAAUUUGUCAGUUUGCUCUUCAACUUUUGGUAACUUUUCCCAAUACAAAGUCUAUAGAGUUCCCACUUUGGUCUUUUCAGGAAAUUAAAAAGAAGUGGAAAAAUAAAAGUGGCAAAUCUUAUGACACAUUCAUUAAAGAAACAGAGACUCCCAUCAUAUCCUUCAUUCGUCUUGGUCCAUCUUCUUCCUCUAAAUCACAGUUAUUGAACUGGCUGAUUAGUAAACAGAAGCAUGAUAUCUUCUAUCAUAGACAUUGCAGAGGAAGCACACAAAAUGCUUUCCUGAUGAAUGGAGUGACAGAGAUUGCCUGGUAUUUUCCAGGUGGAAAAGGUGAUGACACAUUUGAUGACUGUAUUGCAUUCACGAAUCUACAUGGUGAUGCCACAGAACAUGACCUGCAAAUGAAAUUCUUAGAAGAAAUUUCUUCUGUCAUUGUCGUUCUAUUUGCUGAGUUGGACACAAAAGGGAAAGAACUGUUACAGUGGCUAUUACAAUCCUCAAAACCACUAAUUUGCCUCCGUGCAGACAAGGAACAGAGUCCUCCGCCUAAAGGCACCAAAAUACAAAUAGGUUUAAAAAACAGAAAUGAAGCAGAAUUGUUACAACAUAUAUCAAAAACUAUAACAUCUUUGUUGGCUGUUUCAGAGAAAAGAUAUUCACUUCACAUAUGUGCCAGCAUUGCCAGGAAACAUGGAUUUGUAGUGGAUGAAGACAAAGAACAGUGUAAACAGGGAAAGAAACAAGCAGAUGUGUUACUAUCAUUGUUAAAAGAAAAAAAUGUAUUAGUCAUAAAGAAAGAAUUUCUCCCACUACAAGGAGAUCUCUGGAAUAAAUGGUGCAAGAAAGACAAAGAAGUGACUUGACUGAAGCAAAAUAGUAACAUGAGCAUUGAGCAACAGCGGAGCAACAUCCAGUCUGAAAAACAGGCAAUAAGGAAUAAACAGUUUAAAAGUGCAUAUCCCCUUAAUGAUUUCAUGAGAUCGUUCCUGGAUAUUCUACAAUCGGGCAAUCACGGCUCAAAAAUGUACUUUCUCCGGUGGUUUAGCAUGUAUUUAGAUGAUCUGUCUUCAAAAACUCUUUCAGUGCUUUACCAGGACUACCACAAUAAAUGGUCAAAACUAAAAGCAGAAAAACAAAUGAAAAAUAAAAAUAAACAAAUUAUAGAAACAAUGGAGAAAGUUUUCGAGAAAUUAUCGGUUGAAAUUGAAAUUUCAACAUUUGGCCUUGAACACAUUCUGAGAGAAAUGGGACAAAUAUAUGAAGCUUUAGAAACCUUUAAAAGAAAGGAUACAUUUUUUUUCACAUUGCCAAAAGUUGCUGCCAAUCUUAUGGUCUCAGGGUAUCCGAUUGAACUGAUGGAUGGUGAUGCUGCACACGUACCACUGAGAUGGAUUCAAGCCAUUCUGGAUGAGCUGAUUAAAAUAUUAGGAGACAAAAAGCUGUAUGUCCUCUCUGUAUUAGGUAUGCAAAGUACUGGAAAAUCCACUUUACUCAAUGCUAUGUUUGGUCUACAAUUUGCGGUGAAUGCUGGCAGAUGUACUAGAGGAGCAUUUAUGCAGCUUUUAGAGGUUGACAAAGAACUUAGACAGGAAAUUAACUUUGACUAUGUGCUUGUCGUGGACACGGAAGGACUGAAAGCUGUUGAACUCUCAAAAGAAAACAAUCUUAAUCAUGACAAUGAAUUGGCUACUUUUGUAAUUGGCCUGGGGAACCUCACAUUGAUCAACAAUUUUGGGGAAAAUCCCAGUGAAAUGCAGGACAUCCUACAGAUUGCUGUUCAAGCAUUUUUGAGGAUGAAGAUAGUCAAUCUACAACCUAGUUGUGUAUUUAUUCAUCAAAAUGUAGGAGAAAUUACAGCCAAAGAGAAAAACAUGGAUGGAAGGAGACGGCUUCAGGAGAAACUUGAUGAAAUGACUUUGUGUGCUGCACAGCAAGAGCAAUGUGAUGUGACUUGUUUUAAUGACGUCAUAAGAUUUGAUGUAGAUAUGCACAUCCAUUACUUUGCCCACCUCUGGGCUGGUGACCCUCCCAUGGCUCCCCCAAAUCCAAGUUAUUGUCAAAAUGUUCAAAUGCUAAGAAAGGCCAUACUUGAAUCAGGAAAACAGGAAGGGCAACACAAUAUUUUAAAUAUCUCUACAUUCAGAACUCGAAUAAAUGAUUUGUGGAAUGCAUUGCUUAAUGAGAAUUUUGUAUUCAGCUUCAAAAAUUCACUUGAAAUUGCUGCAUACAACAAACUGGAAGUAAAAUACAGUCAAUGGACAUGGAAAUUAAGGAAACACAUGUUGACCCUUCAAAGAGAAAUCACCAACCAAAUUUACAAGAAUGAAAUAAAUGAGGUUGAUAGGAUGUCUUUAAAUCAACAUUUUAAAGAGAUCUACAGCACAGUCCUAGGGGAGCUUAAGGCAUUUUUUGAAGGUGAUAAGGACACAGGGAUAUUAGUUCAAUGGUUAGCUAAUACUGAAAAGAGAGUGGCGCAGGUCAAAGAUGACAUGAUACAAGAGAUAUAUAAAAAAGUUAAUGAGUUAAUUAGAUCAAAGAACAACAGUAAAACUUUAAACACACUGAGAGAAAAAUAUGAAGAUGAAAUGUUGGCUGAAAGCAAAAAAUUGGCCCUGUCUUUGCAGGGAAAAUAUGUCACUGAUGAGGAAUUGAGUGAAAUAUUCAAUACAAUGUGGAAUUCUCUGAUCACUAAAGUAACUAAGGAUACAUAUACACCUGAACCACCACAAAUUAACCGUGAUUUAGAAAAUGCAUUCCUCGAGCGCUUUAAAAGCGAAUCUAACGUAGUGGAUACAAUCAAGGAUUCUUACCGGUGGACCGACUUACUACAAGAAUUCAGUAAAUAUAUGCCAAGCAAACGAAAAUAUCUUGUGCUUACGGAAAGGCUUUCAGAUGAUACUCAGACAGCAAUAAUCCGUAUAGUACAUAUUCUAAACAAGAGAAUGCAUGAAUACAUAGUUUCAAAGCAGCAGGAACAACUAGAUUACCAGUAUGUUUACUUCCAUGAACUUCUGAAUAUGAUAACCUCUGAAAUAAGUGAAGUGUUAAAAAAAUUUAAAUUCAGAAAGGAGUUUACAUUGUAUGCCUCCCUUUUCUAUUGUCAGAAAGCAGCACACAGCUUUGACAGGCUUUCAGAAGCCUUUUGGAAAGCCAAUAACCCCCUUGUCUACCUGGCAAGUAGGAGGAACGAGUUAUGGGAAAGCUUUAAAAUCUCCUGCGAGGGAAAAAAACAAAUCGCAACAUUGGCAGAUUUCCUGUGCAACAAGUUGGAAGAGGCCAUCCGGCAAGGUGUCUAUGAGAAGUCUGCAAUAUGCUUAGCUGGUGAGGUAAAGGCUAACCACCAAGCUUUGAAUGGAAACCGAUCAAAACUAGAAUUCUGUCUACUCAGGUCAUUGGCGGAGAAGGAAGAUUUUCAGCGUUAUACAAAUUAUAUCGAUGAUCCAAAAUCUGCAAUUAGUGACUUUAUGAAGGAGUGUGUUGAACAGUAUUGUAAAAAGACAAACAUACCAGAAAUUCUAAACAUUAAGCUUGAUGAAUUCAGAAACAUUAUAUUAAAGGCCAUCAACAAAUCCGCUACAAUAGUCAAGGACAAAAAGGGUGAUAUCGGUGAAUGGCUGGAUACUUUCUGCUCUCAGCUUGGAAGUGAUGUGAAGCUAUCAAGCAAGGAUCUCAAGAGUGUUAAAUAUCAGAAUAUAACCGACAUUGAUUUCCUGAAGGAAGCGAUGACACAGGCUCUUCAAACUGUGGUGAAAAAGCUCAUAGACUUAUUUUCUACAUAUGAUCUUACCCAUCUUGUACAAAUGAUUCAUGGAAUCCUAUUUAAGCAGUUUUCUGGGUGCUGGGCGCAGUGUCCUUUCUGUGAUGCCAUAUGUACAAAUACUAUUUCUGGGCACAGUGGAGACCACAGUGUUCAAUACCAUCGUCCUCAAGCCAUUAAAGGUACAGAAUGGUAUAAGACAACUCACUUUUCUAUAGAGAUUUGCUCCAGUCUUGUAUCCAGUGAUUUGCGUUAUGUGUUGGAUGACAACUCUUUUCCCUACAAAACAUACAGAGAUGGUGGACAUCCUUACAACACUUGGUCUAUUACUCCAGACAACUCAUCAUUAUCUUACUGGAAAUGGGUGAUCUCUUUCUUCCAACGUAACUUUGAAAGCCAUUACAACUUCACAUUCACAAAUCGGGGGACAAUUCCAACUCAGUGGGCUUGUAUAACAAAGCAGGAAGUAAUUAAGGAACUUGAAGAAAAUAUGUAA